AUGGAACCACACUACCAUCAAUCGCGUUUAUAUCACCACAUUGACCACGAAGACGAUGUACCAACACCCACCGAGUUCCGGUUGACGUUGGACGCCAGACAGUUGGACGAGCUGAAGAACACUUUUGCAGAGCAAAACUAUAUGACACGGCCGGAACUUCGAGACACCGGACUUAGGGAAGUCGUAUUACCUUCGAACACCGGGAUACAUGGCACUAAGAUGACACCGCACAUAUGA